UAGGGCUUGCUGACCAGCUGUUUUUUCUGCCAGUCUUGUUUUAAUAUUUGUGCAUACGCAUUUGAAGCAUGGUCGGCCGUAAAUGCUGCUUGUGUUGUGGGCGUCUAUUUGACACAUUCGCCAAACUUUGUGCUCUAGAUAAGUGUGCAAUGUAAACAGUAUUAAAGAUAUACGCGCACGUAUGUAUGUAUGUAAAAUUAACACGCCAAACAUUGCCGCUAGUUCUUAUAAGAUUCCAGCAAAAAGAUAAUUAUAUUGCGCUUUUAAAGUGAAUAACUUUAUAUUUCGCAUUCAUAGCAUAGAAAAUGCCAUAUUUACAAACAAAUGUGUAAUGCUGACACCUGCACAUUCAUUUGAAAUACAAGAAACGUGAUCGCAUUAAGCAAAACAAGUGCAUAUGUAUGUGUGCAUGAAAUUAAAGAUAAUUCUAACUUCUCGUGCUGAUAAUUUGUGCUUACUCUGACUAUUUUAUCUGAAUGAGUAAAUCAUUUUAAAAGCAACUACAGAAAUCUUCGCAAUAAAAUAAAUUCUGACAUUCGAUCAAUUCGAUCAAUUGCCGAAUCUGAAACUUAAAUCUAAGUCUAAUUGGACUUUGAUGAAUUGCUAAUUAGACAUAUAUUAAGCAAAGACACGAAAAAAUCAGUCAACAUGAAGGUCAAAAUCGAUAAGGAAUUGGUGCCCAUGAAGGCACAUUACUUUCUCUUCAAUGCCGGUACCGCACCUGUUGUACCCUUUAUGCCACAACUGGCGCUACAGUUGGGAUAUUCAUCGGUUGUGGUGGGCACCAUGUACAUGAUAUUGCCCAUUAUUGGGCUCUUGACUAAGCCACUCUUUGGUUACAUAGCAGAUCGCUAUCAUCGCCAUCGGUUCCUCUUUCUGGGUGGACAACUUCUGACGGCAGUUGCCUUCUUCAUGAUAAUGUUUGUGCCUGCCGUGGAGCCGGAGACGCAGUUCCAUUGUCACGCUGGUGUGUCCAACAUACGCUACUGUUCCAAGUAUUCGCCGGACACGGAGAAGAAUCUGGAGACGCACUUUGGCAAUCGGACAUUGAGUUGCCAAAUGCACUGCCAGAUGGUGCCCUCGAUGUGGGAUGUUGUGUGCCAGAAUUGGCUGCAUGACAACACUACCAAUUGCCAGACGAACAGCAGCAAACCGUGGAUCGAUUUUGUCACUUACAUCAGCACGAAGGAUAUCAUUGAUUUGCCAAACGCCAAUGGGAAUGGCAAGUGUCUCCAUUUUCUGAUACCGCAUGAUCUCGGCACAAUAGACUCUCACAAUGUGACACUCUAUUGUCCCAAGGAAAAGGAUAUUUUCCAGUCCAAAUGCAAGAUUAACUGCAACGACACGUAUUUUGAGCAAAUGCUGCCAGCAACAGAAACGAUCAGCACACGGAGUGCGAUGGGAAAGCCGGAGUUUUGGUUCUUUUUUGGCAUGCUCAUCAUCAGCUGGGCGGGAAUGGCCGUUGUGGUGAGCAUUGGAGAUGCCAUCUGCUUCGGCAUACUCGGCGAUCGUCAUCAUCUGUAUGGGAAGCAACGAUUGUGUGGAUCCGUGGGUUGGGGACUCUUUGCCCUGCUUGCUGGCCUGCUGGUGGAUACCAUGUCAGAGGAGGGUUCCACCGUCAAGAACUAUACAAUUGUCUUCUGGAUGACACUAGUCAUUCUCGGCUUCGAUAUGUUGGCCUCCACCAAGCUUAAGCAUGUCCAGACGCACAUGUCGUCCAACAUAUUGAAGGAUGUGGGUCAAAUGUUUCUAUCGAUGCGCUGCGUUGUCUUCUUCCUCUGGUGUGUUGCCAUUGGCCUUGGUACGGCUCUGAUUUGGAACUUUCUGUUUAUCUAUUUGGAGGAGUUGGCUACACCUUAUGAUGGAGGCCAGCACAUCAAGACACUGGAGGGUCUGGUGAUGGGCAUACAAUGCUUUGGCGGAGAGUUGCCGCUCUUCUUUCUAUCCGGCUGGAUUUUAAAGCGUAUGGGACAUGUGAACGCCAUGAGCCUUGUGCUCUUUGGAUUUGGUGUACGGUUCAUUCUAUACUCGAUGCUGCAGAAUCCCUGGUAUAUACUGCCAAUUGAGCUGCUCAAUGGCAUCACCUUUGGCCUCUUCUAUGCCACAAUGGCAUCGUAUGCCAGCAUUGUGGCACCUCCGGGCACUGAAGCCACAAUGCAGAGUCUUGUGGGAGCAAUCUUCGAGGGCGUUGGCGUCUCCAUGGGCAGUCAAAUUGCUGGUCAGCUCUUUGCUGCGGUCAGUGCCCGAACUACCUUUGAGAUCUUUGGCAUUGGUGCUUUUAUUAUCUUCAUCAUCCACGUGUGCGUCCAAAUGUAUCUGCAGCGCAAUGUCCCAGAUGAAAAUGGUAAGGGUAGGUCCUCUACAGACUCAGCUCCCGCUUCAGCUUCUGCUUCCGCAUCUCCUCCUGCAACGGGGACAAACAUAGACAAUGAUAUUGGUCACCCAAAUAGCAAUAAGAACCUUGAUGACUUUAGAGAUGUCGACUUAAGCUGAUUAAAAAAUCUAGACCGAUUUUUUCUUUGAUACAGAUGCAGUUGCAGUUACAGUUAAGGAUUCCUGUAUCAUUUUUAACCCCAAAAAGACUUGAUUACCUAAUUACUGCAAUUAUUUACUCAAAUCUGAAAUAUGAAUUUAUUUUACUUAUCCUUAGAAUAUAGGUUGAAUCCAUAGUCUAGACAAAACGCAGACAGCUAAAAAAAAGAUAUUAACUGAAAACAAUUUUAUACAAUUUUUCACUUAAUAAACUGUCGAACAUAAGAAACUUUAUAAUAGACUACAAUCAAUUAAAGCUGUGCUCAAUUUCAAAGUUAGAUAGAAGCUCAUAGAGGUUUUGAUUAAAGACAAACUAUUGAAACAAAGGAUAAUAAGAGACCAGGUUAAAAUAAAAAAAUUACUUUACACCUAAGACCUGAAAGUUCCUCAGUUCUUAAAAGAAAUUUUAAAAAAAUGUAAGCUGUGCUUAAAAGUACAAAAUAUGUUUGGAUAUUCCAAAGAAAAGAUAGUUAAUGAGAAAACAUAAUUAAAUCCCAAUUAGCUUGGCAGCUUUUAAAAAGUUAAACGACGUGAAUUUAUCGAUAGUUUUAAAUUAGUUAGGUGAAAGCUCUCAACGAAUAUCGAGGGCUGUUCCAGAAGUACAACGAAUAACUUUUACAACCAAAUAAAGAUAUGCUGUAAUAAACGAA